AUGGCACAGCAAGGAGAUCAGUUUAGCCUGAGAAAACUCUGCUGUUCGAUCUGUCUGGAUCUACUGAAGGAUCCGGUGACUAUUGCCUGUGGACACAACUACUGUAUGAGCUGUAUUAAAAGCCACUGGGACAAAGAGGAUCAGAGGCAAAUCCACAGCUGUCCUCAGUGCAGACGGACCUUUGUACCGAGGCCUGCUCUGGUGAAAAACACCAUGUUAGCAGAUUUAGUGGAGGAACAGAAGACGACAGGACUCCAAGCUGCUCCAGCUGAUCACUAUGCCAGACCUGAAGAUGUUGUUUGUGAUUUCUGCACUGGGAGAAAGCGGAAAGCUGUCAAGUCCUGUCUUCAGUGUCUGGUUUCUGCCUGUAAGCAGCACCUCCAGCCUCACUAUGAAGUUGUUCCAUUAAAGAAACACAAGCUGGUCGACCCCUCGAAGGAGCUUCAGGAGAACAUCUGUACUCGUCACAUUGAGGUGAUUAAGAUUUUCUGCCGCACUGAUCAGCAGUGUAUCUGUUAUCUGUGCUCCUUGGAUGAACAUAAAGGCCACGACACCGUCUCAGCUGCAGCAGAAAUGAGGAAAAAGCAGCAACAGCUCAGUGUGAGAUGGCAACACAUCCCUCCGAGAAUCCAGAACAGAGAGAAAGAUGUGACUGUGCUUCAGCAGGAGCUGGAGGCUAUCAACCGCUCUGCUGAUAAAGCUGUGUUGGACAGUGAGAAGAUGUCCACAGAGCUAGUCCAACUUAUUGAGAAAAAAAGGACAGAUAUGAAGCAACGGAUCAGAUCCCGGCAGAAAAGUGAAGUCAGUCGGGUCAAAGAGCUUCAGGAGAAGCUGCAGCAGGAGAUCACUGAACUGAGGCAAUUAUGCUAUCAGCUGUAG